GGUCGGAAUAAUAGGGAUAUAGAGUUGGGCUCGGGUGUUUAGGGCCUUUUUAUAUGAUGCGGUAUCUAGGGUUUAUACAUACCACUUGAUCACUACCCCCGCCGUUGCCUAAAUCCUAAAUCACACACACAAAGCUUUACUAGUCGCAUCUCUGGUCAAAUGGCUCCAAAGAAAGGGGUUAAGCCUGUAGCAGCCAAAAAGAAGGCGGAUAAGGUGAUGAAUCCGUUAUUUGAGAAGCGCCCAAAGCAGUUUGGGAUUGGAGGGGCCAUUCCCCCGAAGAGGGAUAUGCAUAGAUUUGUUAGAUGGCCUAAGGUUGUUCAGAUUCAGAGGAAGAGGAUGAUCCUCAAGCAGCGCUUGAAGGUUCCGCCUGCGUUGAAUCAGUUUACGAAGACCCUUGACAAGAAUCUGGCAACAAACCUGUUUAAGAUGCUUCUCAAGUAUAGGCCAGAAGAUAAGGUUGCAAAGAAAGAGCGUCUGCUGAAAAAAGCCCAGGCUGAGACUGAAGGGAAAACUAUUGAAUCGAAGAAGCCAAUUGUUGUGAAGUAUGGUCUGAACCAUGUUACUUACCUUAUUGAACAGAACAAAGCACAAUUGGUAGUUAUAGCUCAUGAUGUUGAUCCAAUUGAACUUGUUGUCUGGCUUCCUGCACUCUGCAGAAAGAUGGAGAUCCCGUAUUGCAUUGUGAAGGGUAAAGCACGUUUAGGAACUAUUGUUCACAAAAAAACUGCAUCUGUUUUGUGCCUGACCACUGUGAAAAAUGAGGACAAGAUGGAGUUCAGUAAAAUAUUGGAAGCUAUUAAGGCCAAUUUUAAUGACAAAUAUGAGGAGUACCGUAAGAAGUGGGGAGGAGGUAUUAUGGGUUCAAAGUCACAAGCCAAAACAAGGGCCAAAGAGAGGAUCCUUGCCAAGGAAGCUGCACAGAGGAUGAACUAGAAGCUCUGAUCUUUUUUGUUAUUGCAAAUCUGUUGACUUGCAUAAUUUUAUAUGGAUAGAAUAUCUGCAAGAGGUCAUAUUUGGUCUAGGCACAAUCAUGACACUUGCAUGUUACUUUUUUGCGUGGGAUUUAAUGGAUAGUUGGCUCUUGCUUAA